GGCAGCCUUCCUACGGGGCAGAGCAGAAACAGAAACAGAGAUAAUAAAAACCCCGAAAGGACACCCUUCUCUCUCUUCUUCUUCGUUCCGCGUUCCCGAAUUCCACUCCGCAGACCCGACCCUUCCGCACUUGCUUCCCUCCCUCUGCAGCAUAUCAGCCAUGUCGCCUCCCUCCUCCAGCAGCAAGCACUCCGAGUCGGGCGUUGCUCGUCUCUGCGGUUCCGGAACCUCUGGAUUCCUCGAGCUCAUGAUCUUCCAUCCCAUCGACACCGUCGCCAAGCGCCUCAUGAGCAACCAGACUCGCCUCUUCGUGCCUGGUCAGCCCACCUCCGUCGGUAUCGCCAACACGAACAAGGUCAUCUUCAAGGAUGCAGCCAACGCCGCAUUUUUGAAGAGAUAUGCCUCCCUGUUCCCCGGUCUCGGAUUCGCAGCCGGCUACAAGAUUAUGCAGCGUAUCUACAAGUUCGGUGGUCAGCCCUUCGUAAACGAGUUCCUGAACCGCAACUACAAGAGCUCGUUCAACGGCGUCUUUGGCGAGAAGACCGGCAAGACGAUCAUGCACGCCACUGCCGGAUCGGUGGUCGGAAUCGGUGAGAUUGCUCUCUUGCCCCUGGAUGUCCUUAAGAUCAAGAAGCAGACCAACCCCGAGGCCUUCCGUGGCCGUGGUCUUUUCAAGAUCGUCAAGGACGAGGGAUUCGCCCUCUACCGUGGUGCUCUUUGGACUGCUGGUCGUAACGCACCUGGAUCGUUUGCGCUGUUUGGAGGAAGUGCAUUCGUCAAGGAGUGGAUCUUUGGAUUGGAGGAUUACAGCAAGGCGACGUUCUUCCAGAACUUCUGCGCGUCGAUCGGAGGAUCGAUUGCGUCGAUCACGGUUGCGGCCCCAUUGGAUGUGGUCAAGACCCGUAUCCAGAACCGUAACUUUGACAAUCCCGAGGGCGGCAUGAGCAUCAUCCGUAACAUGGUCCGCAACGAGGGCUUUGGUGCGUUCUUCAAGGGUCUGCUGCCCAAGAUCUUGGUCGUCGGACCCAAGCUGGUCUUCUCGUUCACGAUCGCACAGCAGCUGAUUCCUUUGUUCCACCAUAAGUUUGAGGAGAUGGGUGUCACCAACCUCGGCAACACCGUCAAGCCUGUCCAGCUUUAAAAUCCGACCCAUUUUUUUUACUAUAGACAUCUAGACAGCCUUAGAUCAAUGGACUUUAGUGACCUGUCAUCUUUUUUUCUCAUUCUUCAUCCUCAUUCUUCAUCCUCAUUCUUCAU